AAACCACAAAUCCUAACUAAACAAUGUUAUUUGUUUGGUGUCGUGAUGGUAUGAUAAUCGAACCAUACACAUAAAUAAUAAACUAGAGAAUUAGAGCAAUUGUUUGAUUAAAUAAUUCCAGUAGCCUUGACUUCUCUUGCGGCAGUUACAGUCGAUUUCUUUAGAAUUUCGGUGGAAAGUCGUAAGAUGUCUUCAUUAUCAGCUGAUCAAAGGAAAGCGUUGGAUACGCAAGCUGUCAACAAUUUUAGGGAAUAUUUGCAAAUUCCCUCAGUUCAGCCAGACAUCAAUUAUGAUGAUUGUGUUACAUUUCUUAAAAAGCAGGCUAAAAGUCUGGGACUACCAAUCAAAGUUAUCGAGAUUACAUCCGGCAAGCCCAUAGUGAUAAUAACGUGGGAGGGAUCGGAACCUGAUUCGCCAACGAUUUUGCUCAAUAGUCAUAUGGAUGUUGUACCAGUUUUUGAAGACAAGUGGACUUAUAAGCCUUUCAGUGCCCAUAUUGAUAAGAAAGGGAACAUUUACGCUAGAGGCUCGCAAGAUAUGAAGUGCGUGGGUAUUCAGUAUUUGGAAGCUGUUAGGCGCUUAAAACUACAGGGUGUUACUUUAAGAAGAACAUUGCACAUAUCGUUCGUUCCCGAUGAAGAAAUUGGAGGAGUGGAAGGGAUGAGAAAGUUCGUACACACGAAUGAAUUCCGUGAUUUAAACGUUGCCUUUGCACUGGACGAAGGGAUGGCCAAUCCUACCGAAGAAUUCGCCUUGUUUUAUGCCGAACGUUGCAUUUGGCACAUGCAUAUCCACUGCCCGGGAAACCCCGGCCACGGUUCCUUAUUACUCGACAAUACUGCCGGAGAGAAAGUCAACUACAUCCUAAACAAGUUCUUUGAAUUCCGAAGACGAGAGAAACAAAAAUUAGCGGAAAACCCUACCUUGACGGUCGGAGACGUCACCACCGUGAACCUAACCCAGAUGAAGGGUGGCAUUCAGACCAACGUGAUUCCUCCGGAAUUCGUAAUAGUCGUCGACUGUCGUAUUCCCAUCACGGUGGACAUCAAAAAAUGGGAGGAAACCAUCAACAGAUGGUGUAGCGACGCGGGUCAAGGCGUGCGCAUCGAGUACGAACAGAAACAGCCGCAGGUACCCGCGACGAAGUUGGAUAACACCAAUCCGUUCUGGAUCGCUUUUAAGGAGGCUUCCGAUGAGCUUGGCCUUAAAUUAAAACCUCAAGUAUUCCCUGGUGGUACUGACAGUCGAUAUGUCCGUUCCAUAGGGCUCCCGGCUCUGGGAUUUUCCCCGAUGAACAAAACGCCGAUCCGCUUACACGACCAUGACGAAUAUCUGAGCAAGACGAUGUUCUUACGGGGAAUCGAUAUUUACUGUAAAAUUAUAGAGAACGUCGCAAACGUAGAGGAGCGGUCUGGAUAAGCCGCUUACAGUCUUGACUUGAAAGGUUUGAUGGUUGAGUGUUUCAGUUGAUUGCUUGUUAUUUUAUCCGGUAACAGUUUAGUAUGCGGUGUAACGAGAGAGAUGGUAAAUUUUGGAGAAUAAUUUAUAUAUAAAAUGGAACGCUGGACGUACGAUAACAGAAAUACGUAAUAACAUAAUGGGCCCACGUACCAAAAUUUAGAAUAGGAUGAUUUAGAGUUGGUAAAUUGUGAUUGAGGCCGUGAAAAUGUAGGUUUUGAAGUGAAUAAUUUGGCUUUGUUUGAUUAAUCAACAUGUGGUGUUAGUUUUUGGGUGUCAUAUUAUUUUAUGUCGGCAAAUACUUCACGGACAUAGUUACUUCACGUCCGCUUUUACUUGACAACCGCCAAUUCAAGCUGUCCGAUUGUAGUGAACGUGAAGUAUUUGUGAACGUGAAAUAGUGUGAUAUUCAAAAAGUUACACUUUUCAUCUUAACUGGAAAUGAGGUGAACAGGUGUUUAGUGACAAAAAUGUUGCAAACUAGUUACUAAAUGCGGUUGUUGUCGAAGUUAGUGCUUGUGAGGUUUUAGUAAAUCCGAAUAAUUUUAGGAUUUUUUUUUAUUUAGAGAGCGUAUGUGGGCCCAUUGUAAGUAGCAAGGAAUAGUAAUUCAUUAAUAGAUCGGGUGUUAAUUAGAUCAUCAGCGUUUUCCUUUGAUUUUUAAUUAUUAUACUUGGCUGUAGAACAAAUGGGGAUAAACUGCGAGAGAGUAAAAUUAAUGAGUCAUAAAAUAUAAUAAAUAUUUGCGGGUUAAAAAUAUUGUAAACGGGAACAAAACCGGAUUAUCAGGUUUGGUAAAUCAAAUAACUUGGAUGUUGUAAGCGCUGAGCGGUGAGAAACCGAUUUUUUGUUGAGUUCUUGGUUUUUUUUUAAGUCAAAUUAUAAUUUGAAUGAUGAUCUGUUCUGGGUGUAUACCAAUAUGGAAAAUUGGAGAAGUCUGGAUUAUUAGAGAAAUAUUAGGAAAUUUCUUUAUUUUAUUUAAAAUAUAUAUUUUUUUUGAAUACCAAAUUGGUGCGGCUUAGAUAAAUACGGCUGAUUUUUAAUUUUUUUAAAAAGUGGAGUUAGGUUAAUUUCUAAAAUUAACCCUUAAAGGUCACACUAGUGUGAAUUGGGAUUUUGCCAACUUUGAACCUUUAUGUCUUCUUGAUUUGUUAACGAAAAAAUAACGUAUAUAUCAAAACGGGUAAAAUUUUCCGAGAAAUCAAAUUAUGUAAUUAGUUUUGAAAAAAAAAAUAUUAAUUUUAAAAAAU